UCUCUCAACGGCAACAGCAACAUCAAAAUCAUCAUGUCGAUAGGACAAAUAGACCCCGGUCAAGCCGUUUACGCUCAAGAUGAAAACGGAAGACCAUUCAUCAUUGUUCGUGAACAAAGUAAGAAAGUCCGUACACAUGGUUUAGAAGCUAUAAGGAGUCAUAUACUCGCAGCUAGAUCAGUGACGAAUAUCAUCAAAACUUCUCUGGGACCUCGAGGUCUGGAUAAAAUCCUCAUUUCGCCAGAUGGAGAUAUUACCGUGACUAAUGAUGGAGCCACUAUAUUGGGACAAAUGGAAGUGGAACAUCAAAUUGCGAAAUUGCUCGUCGAGGUCUCGAAAUCUCAAGAUGACGAGAUUGGGGAUGGUACUACUGGAGUAGUCGUAUUGGCUGGUGCUCUCCUAUCCAGCGCUCUGACUCUCCUGGAUCGCGGGAUACAUCCUAUCCGGAUAGCAGAUGGGUACGAAAAGGCGUGUGCUGUAGCUGUGGAAGAGCUGGACAGAGUGGCAGAUAGAAUCGAGUUUAGUAAAGAGGACACUAGCAAUUUGCUCAAGACUGCGAAGACAAGUCUGGGGUCGAAAAUUGUCUCGAUAGCCCACGACAAAUUCGCCUCUAUAGCAGUAGACGCCGUUCUCUCCGUCGCAGACCUCACCCGUCGUGAUGUCGAUUUCGAGCUCAUCAAGGUGGAUGGUAAAGUCGGCGGAUCGCUCGACGAUACUUCCUUGGUCAAAGGUGUUGUGGUGGACAAAGACAUGUCUCAUCCUCAAAUGCCUAGCGUAGUGCGCGACGCGAAGAUUGCCAUUCUGACAUGUCCUUUCGAACCCCCUAGGCCGAAGACGAAACAUAAGUUGGAUAUUGAGAGUGUGGAGGAGUAUCGGAAAUUGAGGGAGUAUGAGAAGGAGAAAUUUUUGGAGAUGAUAAAGAUGGUCAAAGAUACAGGAGCCAACCUUGUCAUCUGCCAAUGGGGCUUUGAUGAUGAGGCCAAUCAUCUUUUGAUGCAAAACGAUCUCCCCGCCGUCAGAUGGGUCGGAGGACCAGAGAUUGAGCUCAUCGCUAUCGCCACGAACGGAAGGAUCGUGCCACGUUUUGAAGAUCUCACAGCUGAGAAACUUGGUCGAGCAGGUCUGGUCAGAGAGAUGACGUUUGGGACGACCCGAGAAAAGAUGUUGGUCAUUGAGGAAUGUGCGAAUACUCGAGCGGUCACGGUGUUCGUGAGGGGAAGUAACAAAAUGAUCAUCGAUGAAGCCAAACGAGCCCUUCAUGAUGCACUUUGCGUCGUCCGCAAUCUCGUCCGGGAUAACCGAGUGGUUUAUGGUGGUGGAGCAGCUGAAAUAUCCGCCUCCAUCGCUGUCGCCAAGAAAGCCGACGAGAUCCCUACCAUUGAACAAUACGCCAUGAGAGCAUUCGCCACGGCUCUAGACUCUAUCCCUUUGGCCCUCGCUGAGAAUUCUGGGUUAUCACCGAUAGACACUUUGGCGGAUGUGAAAAGUCGACAGGUGACGGAAGGGAAUCCGAGAUUGGGUAUUGAUUGUAUGGGAAGGGAUGAGAAUGACAUGAAAACUCAACAUGUCUAUGACCCUUUGAUAGCUAAACGACAACAAUUCCUAUUGGCCACACAAGUAGUCCGGAUGAUCCUCCGUGUGGACGAUGUGAUAGAUGCCAGUGCGUUCCAAGAUGAGUAAAAGGUUUGAUCAAGGUAUAAGCAUCAUAGGUGAAAUGUGCAUUGAAGUAGAUCUCAUGAUAUGAAGCAUAUGUCUCUU